UUAGAGCAGCUGUGCUUGGUUAUAUACAUGAUCACCACUGAAAGGCGUUCACUUUCAGCCCGAGGACUGUUUACAAUGUUCUGGGCGCAGGAUGAGCUCCUUCUCAAGCCUCACAUUUAUCAGAUAGUCUUUGGCUCGGUGUGCGGCGGUGCUGCAUUGCUGCUUCUAUCGAGAUGGAUGGAGAGAAGGAGCUAUCAGGCAAAGAUACGGAAAGCUCGUUCAAACAGGGAGAAAGCCUUGAGGGAAAUGGAGAGAGCGGCGAUGGAUUUGGAAGAGUCGAAGCAGUCUGGAGUCGUUGAAUCCAUUCUGUCCUUAUCACUUCACGAGCUCCAUGAAAAAUUGCAGAGAGGCGUUCUUACUCCUGAUAGUGUACUGCAUGCCUACAUGAAGAAGGCCUUGGAAGUCAAUAAGCAGCUGAACUGCCUCACGGAUUUUCUUCCUGACUGUCGAACACAAGUUCAGGAUGCCCAGGUGAAGCAGAAGGGACUACUUUAUGGGAUCCCUGUCAGCAUUAAAGACAACAUUGACUACAAGGGUCAUGAUUCAACUUGUGGACUCAGAAAAUUCUUAAACUGGCCUGCAACUAAAGACAGUGUCGUCGUCCAAGUGCUGAAGAAACAAGGGGCUGUACCUUUUGUGAAAACUAACCUCCCCCAAUCCUUGCUAAGCUACGAAUGCUCUAAUCCCAUUUUUGGGCAAACCGUCAACCCACACGACGCCAAGCGGACAUCCGGCGGGUCAUCUGGUGGAGAGGCUGCCCUGAUUGCAGCGGGCGGCUCCAUCCUUGGCAUUGGAAGUGAUAUUGGUGGUAGCGUCCGGGUGCCAGCUUCAUUCUGUGGAAUUUGUGGCUUCAAACCAACUGGCAAACGACUAAGCUAUAAAGGACUCAAAAUGUCAGUACCUGGACAGAAAUUUGUUGAAACAGCCAUUGGCCCCCUGGCCAGAGAUGUAGAUAGCCUGGCAUUGUGCAUGAAAGCCCUGUUAUGUGAAGACAUGUUCUAUUUGGAUUCCACAGUGCCACCACUGCCCUUUAAUGAUGAGGUGUAUUCUAGCUCUAAGCCGCUGAGAAUAGGUUAUUAUGAGAGUGAUGGGCUCUGGAUCCCCUUGCCCUGCAUGAAACGUGCAAUCAUGGAGACCAAACAGCUGCUGGAGGAGGCUGGCCAUACGCUGGUUCCUUUCACACCUUUGAAACCAUCAUAUGCGUUUAAGGAGCUUGUGAUAAAGGGUCUUGGGUCAGCUGGUUCCACUGUAAUCCUGGAAAAACUAAAAGGUGACAUCAUUGAUCCUAAUCUGAAAGAUCUCUUAUAUGUAUACAAGAUGCCUCCAGUAAUAAAGAAGAUCAUGUCCUUCCUUCUGAAGCCUUUUAGUCGAAGAAUGGCAGAUAUCUUGAAGAACCUUUGUGGAAUAGGAUCAGUCUCUGAACUAUGGAAGCACCAAACUGCAGUAGAGGCUUACUGCGAGGAGUACGUCAACUUGUGGAAAAGCAAGAAGCUCGAUGUCCUGCUCUGUCCAGCAUUAGGUCCUGCCUUCAGCCUUGGAUAUGCUGGAAAGCUAACAGUUUCAUCCAGUAGCAAGAUUAUUUUCAACCUGUUAAAUUUCCCAGCUGGUGUGGUGCCAGUGGGUAUGGUGACUGAGAAGGAUGAAGAGGAGCUGAAGGACUAUGUAGGUUACUGCAACGAUUUCUGGGACAGGAGUUUCAAAAAGGCUGUGUCGGGUGCUGUUGGUCUGCCAUUAGCUGUGCAGUGUGUAGCUUUACCUUGGCAGGAUGAACUUUGCCUACGUUUUAUGAAGGAGGUGGAAAGAGUUGUGCAAAAGAAGAAAGGCAUUUAACUGCGUCAGACUGGAAUGUCCUUUUAAAUCGAUGUUACCAGCUAGGCCUUCAAUGCAGAUGCUGCUCUGUUCAGGAUGUGGCAACUAUUUUUGGUAUCCUGUGGCAUAUAUUUGAGAUACUUAACACAUAUUUAGAUUAAGAAUCUGAAAUGAGGAAGCAUAAUCAUGACGGAUACAGAAAAAGUUUUGGUCUGUGUUCUUCCACUCUGACACAUUUUCCACAGUAAAUGAGAUUUAACAGAACUCAAAUUUAAUCUGGUCUCAUUGCCAAAUGUUGGGGUUUGAUGUACGAGGGAAAAAUCUUUCAAAAUAUUAAGCAAACGGAUUUUGGGCAAUGCAAUAAUAUCAGGCAUGUUUACUUUUCUAGUUCAGCUUUUUCCUUCAGCUGACAAAAGAAAAUUUUCUGUGCUGCAUCACUAUUAUGAUUUGGUAAUCUGCUAUCUAAUGGCAGUGUGGUAGUUAUAUUACUGGCCUAAAUCCAAAGAAUUUAAUGUUCAAAUCCUAAUAAAUCCAUAAUGGAAAUCCUG